AUGUCUUCGGAAUUUAGAGACGGCUGGGCUGCCCGCCGUCUCGACAUAUGCAAUUCGGACGAGGACGGAGAGGGAACCUGGGGUAAAUGGCAGAAAUGCUGUCCAUCUGGAAUGAACAUGACUACUUACGAAAACAAUGCGAGAUGCAGUUUUGGGGCGGCCCCAGCGAAGAUUCCAGAAGUGUGUGCUGAUCCAGCCUUGGUUCUCUGGUAUGAUGACUAUGGGAUGUUCUGCUGCGACGAGAAUCUGAAAGGAUUCGCUACAGUUAAAGAGAACUGGAAGGGCUGCUUGACUCCGGAUGAUUUCAAUGAAGAAGAAGCAGCUGGAAACAUAACGGGGAUAGCUCAGAAAGGUCUCACACCGAUGACGACAACUUCCUCCACCUCUUUAACUACUCAAACAUCGAUCCCCACAUCAACAUCAGGAUCUAUGUCGACCUCGGCAACCUCAGAAUCCAAGGGUUCGUCCACAAAUACAGGCGCAAUUGCGGGCGGCGUCGUUGGAGGAGUAUGUGGUGCAGUGCUGAUUCCUGGAUUGAUAUGGUUUUUCCUUCGCCGUCGUCGGUCCUCGCCGGCAGCAAAAGAUGAAGUUCCAUACACGGAGUCUGAACCAGAUGGCCAAUAUAUGCCACCGGAAUAUCAUAGCGCACCCCACUCGGAAUUGGAUGGUGCUGCUAGUCCACAGGAAGUCCUGCCCGUCGACCCGCGGCCAGUUCAAGAACUACCUGGCAACAAAUAUCAACCUAAAGUGUUAUCGGAGCUAUCUUGA